AUGGUUCGAGUCCCGCCGGGGGUGCGAAUGAGGCAGAGGCGAGACGCGGUGGAAAUCGCAGACUACUUCAGCCGGGACGAGAAUACCUAUUUUUUCUACUCAUUAGAUUACCACCAUAAAUUAAGGCCUCUUUUGGCCGAAAAGAGGGCCAACCCAGACUCAACCGGGGCUGUACGAUCAACCAACGGGCUGCCACGGAGCCUCGGUCGAGCCGCAUGUCCGAGUGAAGAUGUGGCGAGACUCGAGCCAGUGAUCGCCACUCAGAACGGGGCACUUUGGCCUCUGGGACCGGUUAUUUGUCGGCAAUCCAUUGAAAUGUGUGGCUCUCAGUUUGAUCCUGUUGGAUUAUGCGCCAACCCAGGGCGUUCGUUCCAUCAAGCUGAGGCUGUUGAAAAACACGAUCCCGUUAGUUGCGAGGGGACUUGA